GGGCUCUGUGAGGACGUGUUCCGAGGAAGCCAGGGCCGGACCCGGCGCGGCCGGCGACAUGGAGCCGCUAUACCAGCAAACGCACAAGCAGGUCCAUGAGAUCCAGUCUCACAUGGCACGCCUGGAGACGGCAGACAAGCAGUCUCUGCACUUAGUAGAAAACGAAAUCCAAGCAAGCAUAGACCAGAUAUUCAACCAUCUAGAGCGUCUGGAGAUUUUGUCCAGCAAGGAGCCCCCUAACAAAAGACAGAAUGCCAAACUUCGUGUUGACCAGUUAAAGUAUGAUGUCCAGCAUCUGCAGACUGCUCUCAGUAACUUCCAGCAUCGGCGAUAUGCGAGGGAACAGCAGGAGAGACAGCGAGAGGCGCUCCUGUCUCGCACUUUCACCACUAACGACUCUGACACCACCAUCCCAAUGGAUGACUCGCUGCAGUUCAACUCCUCCCUCCAGAAAAUUCACCACGGCAUGGAUGACCUCAUUGGAGGAGGGCACAGUAUUCUGGAGGGACUAAGGGCCCAGAGACUGACUUUGAAGGGGACUCAGAAGAAGAUCCUUGACAUUGCCAACAUGCUGGGCUUGUCCAACACAGUGAUGCGGCUCAUUGAGAAGCGGGCUUUCCAGGACAAGUACUUUAUGAUCGGUGGGAUGCUGCUCACCUGUGUGCUCAUGUUCCUCGUGGUGCAAUACUUGACAUGAGCUGACUGAGCCCAGUGGCUGCACAUUGUUCCCACUGCGUUUGAAUCUGUGUGAGUGUGUGUGCGUGAGAGAAUGGGGGGACCCCAGAGGCUGCCUCCUGGAAUGUAUGCCCUUCUCAACUGUGAAGACCACUUGGAAGUAACUGUCAUCUGUAACCUGGUGGGAGUUUAAAACCUGCCCUGUUGUCUGUGACACCAUGGAGGGGGAGCUAGUGCCACCAAGAUGCACAGUACUUAGGAAAUGAAAGGAGUACCUGUUCUCUCUCUCCCCCCCCCCCCCUCUUGCCCUCAUGGGGGAGGAAGUGACAGAAGGGUAAGGGAUGAAGAAGGAAGUGGGAGGGAAAGAACAGCUUUGCUGGUUUCUAGCUAACACGCACCCUGAGAAGAUUUCAUAGUGAGCCUUGCAGGUAGAACUGUCCGCUUCAUCACCAUCUGGCCUUUCUGGCUCCUCGUGGAAAGGUCAGAGCAGAAGCAAAAAGAAGGAGGGGAAGGAGGUCUUCUUUUCCCGUGUCAUUGUAACACAUGGAUUUCCAUGCUCUUGCUACCAGCAUCCCCCACCCUCAGUGACAGGCAGAUGACUAACUGCUGGUACUUGUCACCCUUCCCUGGAAGCAGCUACCUAGAGGAAACAGAGGCACCGAUGCCAUUGCAGUCAGCAAGUAAGAUUUUCCACAUUAAGGUUGUUGGGUGUUCCUCCUUUCUAAAAUAAGGCCAGUAUUAUUCCCUGAGAAUGUUCAGUCUUGGGACUGAGGCCCCUAAUCACUGAUUCUUUCCCAGUGGUUAAUAGAAUGGGUGCCUGCUGUGGUUUCAGGACUAACACCUGGCAUCAUGCCCAGGCACUGGUGGGCCUCUGCCCCUGUCCACCACCGCCCACCCCACCCCCCCCGCGCCCCGAAAGCCACUGUGCAUGGUGGUUAGUGAUGUACCAUCACAGCGUCUUCUCUGGUUUCAGCGUCCCUGGUUCUCUGGCUCUCUUCCCUUCCCCGAAAUCUACUAGCAUCUGCCAGCCAGUCCCCCAUUCUUCCCAGCCAGCGUGAGCAGGGACCACCCUGGAGACAGCCCUGGUGUCCUGUGUGUCUCUGCUGUCGGACCAGGACCUCUUUCCUUCUCUGACCAACCCCAGGUUAAGGCUAUAUCAGUACCUGGUGUGUUGUGGGAUUUCUUGUAAAGCCAGCUACUCUGUUGUAGCUGAGCACUGCAUGUACUAGAAAGACCUAGCGUGUGUUUUCAUCUGUCACAGGCCCUGCCAGCCCCAGGCUCAGUACCUUAUAGCAAGAUGUAAAAUAAUACUGAGAAUUUCCCAGAACUGGACCCCUGGUCAGUAUUAACUCCACCUGUGAUUGCCUUGCCCCAUGUGUGUCCUGGGUUUGUUUGUUUUUUGUUUUUUGUCACCUGGACUGUCAUCUGUUUUCCUUCUCUAUGUGUGUUCUAUUCCACCUCCUUUAUUUACCUCCCACCUGUUUCUGUAGCAAUAUUGGUCUUUUCUAGCAUACUUUUUGGCGAAUGUUUCAUAAUUGUCACAGAUUUUUAACAUGGGUUUCCCAGGUGCUGAUUUCAUAGUUGGUGGGUUCUCCAUGGCUCCUAGCUCCCUGUGCUAAACAGGGGCCCUGGAUUUCCAAGGAAGGGGAGGGAACUGUGACCCCUUCAUAAAAGGGUUGAGGGCCCCACCAGAGUAAGAACGGUGGCCCAGAGAGUAGAUAGCUGUCUAGGCAUCUUUAGACCUAGGUCUGACUUUGGGGAGGUGAAAUUUGCAGCACCCUCAGCACCCCUGCCAGCACAGGGAUCUUAGCAGUCUAUAAAAAAGGUUCUUAAUGCACAGACCCGGUUGUCCUAUUCCCUGGGCAUCUGAGGAUCCUGCCAAAGAGCAUCCUUUAGAGGAAAGUGUAUAAGGAACAACUAAGCCCUGCAGACCUUGGACUUGGGGGCACAGAAAGUCCCCCUAGCACCUCUCCCCCUGCUUUGCUGUUGUGGUAGGUCUGUUUGUAGUGUACACCAGUGUGUUCGCACACUUCACAGUGAGUGCUGGCCUUGAUGUACCAGAAGUAAGGCUUUCCAUCCUGCUGUACUUUCAGAGUCAUCCUCCCCACUUUGUAAUAAAAAUCAUAGAGGCAGUUUGUGGGUCUUUGCCGCCUGGAGCUAGGGAAUGGCAGCCACAGGGUGUCUGGAGGCCCAGAGAGACGGGGAAGGCACAAGUUGACUUUCAGUGUCCUGUGUGAAACACACCUUGGCCUAUCUGGGUGCUACUGUUUUCCAUCAACCACCAACACCCCCCACCUGUUUCCAUCAACCACCAACACCCCCCCACCCUCACCCCCGGUGUAGGGAAGGGUUCCAGGCCAGGGAAGGAGCACCCUCUAGUGGAGCUGGGGUGAAAUCUUAAAACAGGCAGGUCUGUUGGCAGCAUCUGCGACUUCAUACAAGAUUUGAGUGUGCCUGUUGAAAACAGAUGGGUUGUGAAGGAACCGGGAAAUAGCUUCAUUCCAGGGGAGUUUGCUCCAGGUGCAACUACCUUAAGAAAAACCAAACUCAAGGACCCAAAAGUAAGUAGGAGCAUCUUGAUUUCAUAGGAGGCCUCACUGCUGGGGUUUUCCCAAAAUCUUUUGCCCUUAAUGAAUUUAGAUGGGUCUGAUUUGCAGAUUUGGAUUUAUACCCCUUGUUUUUGAAACAUCAGUUAAAGUUGAGGUUUAAAUUUUAUUUAGAAAAUUAUAUUUUGUCACUACUCUUUUUUAAAGUUUCAAGCCUGAGAUUCUCACACACAGCUCCAUGGCCAGGGUUAGGCUGGCUACCUUAGAAGCAGCUGGGAAACUUUUUUAAAAUUGUAGAUUCCUGGGGUCUAUCCCAAACCUUCCAAAUUAGAAUAUUUUUUAAAGUCUAUGGUAAUUCUGAUGUGUGUAUUUUGGAACCACUGUCUUUUUAGACAGAAGGCUUUGGUCUUAAAGAUGAUACCAUUUUAAAGUAAAUGCUGAAUUCGGUAGGGAUCUGUGUAAAAAGAGCAAAACUUUUAUCAAUGUCCAAAAUAAAAUCUCACUUGUUUAUAUCCUAUCUUAUUCCAGGAAAGAUUUGAGGAGACUUACAGGUACUAACAGUACAACAGGAAGAAAUGAGGACCAAGAACAAAUAAGACUAGUGUCAUUGCUAAGGAAAAGUAAUGCAAGUGCAAGUUGUGAAGCCCUUCUAGAACUAUUCUGGGUUUGGUUUUGAGCCCCAGCAUCCAAAGCAGAGAGAAGCAUUAUCUGUUGUUGUCUCAGUGGGGUUGGGGAUGUCUUUCAUCAAACCCAGACCCUUAAUACUGCUGGUUUGUCUGUGGCCCUUACUGAAAGUCAGGUGUGCUUAUUCUCCAGGGCCGUCCCUCUGCUCUCUACAAACACUCUGAAUCAGGUCCUGUGUUAUCUCCAUUGUGCAGGUGGCUGAGAUGUAGUGACUUUCUCUAGGCCGCACAUCUGGCCUCAUAGCCCAAGCUCCCAACCAUGGCAUUGAGAGGCCUCCCACACCCAGGAUGGGGGGCAGGAACUAUAGGCAGAAUGCCAGGGUUGAGUACAGGCUAUAAGGCAUUUGUGCUUCACAUGGCAGGUUCUCCAUCUUGAAGUAUUUUCCUACUUCAAAGUGGGAGAGGAGAUUUGUCAGGGGAAGCUUCUGGAAAUAGAGAAUGGAGCUGUACUCAGGCAUCGCCACUAGGGAGCGACAUAACCCUACCUGUGGCUGGUCUGCCGGGUGCUGAGUCUGGGCCUGAGGCCUGGUGUAUUUGGAAGAGGAAGAAACGGGUGUCCACUUGGGUUGGUUCCUUUUAGAUACAAAAUUCCCUGCUGAGUGGCAGCUCUGGGCUGUUCUGUGGGGCUUUCGGGAUGUGGCCAAAAAUGACCUGAAACCUGUUAGUUCUGAUUUUCAGAUUCCCUUUCCACUUGGUGUUUCCUUCAGCACACAGACCUGUUUCCUACAAGAAUGGAAAAUGUUUCUCAAAAGUGUGUGUUCAUUCUUA